CAACGUCUUAUCUAUCGAGUUAAGAAAUCGUGGACAUUGCUUGAAAAUAAUAAAAAAGGGACAGUGGACGGAUUUGCUCGCUAGUUUUCUCUUCGAAUUUUCCACAAACAAAUUUUCUCAGCCAAAGUUCGAUCGGAUCUGGGUUUUAUAUUUUUUUGAAGAACCCGUGUCCGUCUUCGAUCAGGUGUCGAAAGUCUCAAUCUUUUUUAAUCACUUUAUCAAUUUAAACCCUUUGGUCAAAACCCUAAUUUAGAUUUCUCUUUCCGUCUUCACUUUUUUUUUUUCCUGUCAAAGUUCGCGUUCAAUAGCCAAAUCUUAUCUCUUCAGCUGGAAUCUGACGAACAUUAUUAUCAUCGGUAGUGUUCUAUAGAAAGACCGAAAGUUUUCUUCAAUUUCAAAGUCAGUGGCGAUGUCGUGGGCUGGUCCUGAAGAAAUUUAUCUUUCAACAUCACUCGCUAGUUAUCUCGAUAGAAAACUACUUGUGCUUCUUAGAGAUGGUAGAAAGCUAAUGGGAACACUCCGUUCCUUUGAUCAAUUCGCCAAUGCGGUUCUAGAAGGUGCGUGUGAGAGGGUAAUUGUUGGUGAACAAUACUGUGACAUUCCUUUAGGCCUCUAUGUAAUCCGUGGAGAGAAUGUUGUUUUGAUUGGUGAGCUGGACACGGAGAGAGAAGAGCUUCCUCCACAUAUGAUUCGCGUCUCAGAGGCAGAGAUUAAAAGGGCACAAAAGGUGGAGAGGGAAGCGAGUGAGCUGAGAGGAACAAUGAGGAAGAGAAUGGAGUUUCUUGACUUUGAUUAAACCAGAUUGUAUCCCCAUUCAUUAUUGGCUUGAUGCUCUGCUUUGGCUCGCAAGUUUUAUGAUGAGCCUUUUUGGUGUGUUGACUUAGGGGAUCGACGCAAUUCUUGUGUUUCAUUUUGGAUGAAUAUGACAAUAAAUCUGUGUACUUUUGUCUUUGGAUCUAUUUACCUUUUUAAGAAAAAAAUGUUAAGCAA